AUGUUCGAGGUGCGUUAUGCUCACCAAUUCACAUCCUCCUCCCAUCUCCACCCCAUCCUUGACCUCGCCCUCGCCUUGCACCCAUCCCUGCCGGGCCUGCAGUCGCCCAAAUCAUGUUCCCCAAGAUUCCAGGUCGCAACCAACGCUGUUUCAAGGCGCCCUUCCACCCAUCCUCCUGCUGAUGAAGUUCUACAGACACGCCACGCAUCAUCCCGCUACCACCUUCGCCUCCAUCGCGCUCGCUCCGUCGUCCUCACACCACAGGAGCUGGUCGAAAUUCGAGCGGCCCAGAGAACCUUCGAGGGCGCCUACAUCCGCACCAGCCUGAGCCAGUUCAGCUUUGCCUUGGUCGUAUUGAAGAUCUUCACGAGUGAAUUCUAUAGUAUCGGUGAGAGCCUUGCCCAGCUUUCCCAGCUGUAUUACGCUGACUUCCCGCCAAGGUGCUCUCUUCGCCAUCUAUGGAGCCGGCGUGCUUGGAGUCAGUGCCUUCAGGCGCAUGCAGGGCAACAGACAAUUCUUCAGUGAAAUCGGCGGUGACGGGCUGAGCAGGAGACGGUAUGGAGUCCACACGAAACCAUUCCUCCUUGGUGCUGACAACUCUACAGCUUCAGGACUAGUGGUAAUGUGGUCGUCAUCCUGACCGCCCUUUCGACCGCUGCCUACAUUACGCUGCUCGUCCUAACACUCCGCCUGAAAAGCUGA